UUGCUUUUAUAUAUACUGUGUUCAGUUUGCACAGUCACAGACCUGGAUAGUGUUGGAAUUUGUUUUUCAGGCACAACUUUAAACCUCCUGAAAUUUCCGAUUAUUAACCCUACAUCUGACAGACUGUUCAAGAGACAGGAGAGGCUAAAAGCAGAUGCAGAAAAAACUGAAGAACAACUUAGUGAUGAUGAACAAAAGUAUCUUAAAUGCCUUAAAAAGCAAGGUUAUUUAAUAGGAAGAGUUGGAAGAACAUUUCAACAACAGAAGUCAAAAGCUGUAAUUGACUUUGAUCCUGAUGAGCUCUCUUUUAGCGUGGAAGAGGAGCCUAUCUUUUCAUCCAAGAAGCCUAAAGAGAGAGUGGAAUUUACAUACAAUGAACUGAAAGAUGCUCGCUGGUUUUUUGACACGCCAGGGAUUGUAAAAGAAAAUUGUGUUUUAAAUCUUCUAACAGAGAAAGAAGUAAAGCUUGUCUUGCCGACACAUGCCAUUGUUCCACGGACCUUUGUACUUAAGCCUGGAAUGGUUUUGUUUCUAGGUGCUUUGGGACGCAUAGACUAUUUGCAGGGAGCAAAAUCUUCCUGGUUUUCUGUUGUGGCUUCUAACCUGUUGCCAGUCCAUGUUACUACCCUGGAGAAAGCAGAUAGCAUCUAUCAGAAGCAUGCUGGAAAAACAUUACUGAAGGUUCCCAUGGGGAGUGAAGAACGAAUGAAGGAAUUCCCACCGCUUAUUCCUCAGGAAAUUACGCUGGAAGGAAUUGGCACCCUUGAGGCAGUGGCUGACAUAAAGCUGUCCUCUGCUGGUUGGGUUGCAAUAACCGCUCACUUGGAAGACAAACUACAGCUGCGAGCCUAUACUCCUGAAGGGACAACACUGAUGAUACGUAAACCUCCUCUGUUGCCACACAUCGUUGACAUCAAAGGGAACCGCAUCAGAGGAAGUGCAUCCUAUAGAAUUAAAAAGCCACCUCCCCUGGUGGAGAACUUAAAGGCAAAUGGAACAAAUAAACAAAUAAAAAGAGUAUCUAAAAUUUAAGAAGCACAGGAGCUGGGAAGCCCUUGGACGUAUGUGUUGCUUACAGACAAUUACUAAAACCAUUAUUCAUAGAAAACACUUUCUGAUUUUAAGACUGACUUCUGUAAAACAUGUUUGAAAGACCUUGCAAAUGCAGAUUUGAAGUUUGUAUCAGGCUACUGCGUAGUUCAGCUCAUGGGAUCAUGUGAUUUGUAGUCUCUACUUCCCAUUACCAGAUGGCCUGUCUCAUUCAGAUUUUUUAGUUCUGCAUUCGACAGACAGAUUGGCAUCACUUCACACUAUUGCUGGUUCGCCUACAGUGAGUGGAGUACGGCUGCUGUCAGGAAGGGAGGGUAAUCUCAGUUACAGCAGGAGGGCUUUAGGGAAGCUGUCAGAACAUAUAAGUCUUUCUGGUUGCUACCGAUAUUUGGACAGGAGACACAUCGCUUGUUUUUUGGCUUUUCGCAUGAAAUUAGUGAUAAAGAUUUCAGAAAGAAGGCCCUAGAGACCAUCCUACUAGGUGUCUCUGCAAUAAUGUAGAACUUUAAAGAUAAGCAGAUGCCACAUAGGGGAGCACUGUGUAUAGCUGAAGGGAGGAAAUCAGACUUAUGCCUCAACUGAGAGUUGCUGCAAAACAUCCCCAUGCUGUGAUUUGCCCUAAAUGUACAGUCAUCUAUCUUUUCAUCAUGACAACUGUGACAGGUUGGACCCCUUGGGAAGCCACCUGAUGUGCUGAGAUGCCACUGAGUCUACCUGUUGUGC